AUGACUGAAAUCAAGAGACCAACCAUAUCGAUUAUAGUUGCAGCUCUUAAGCCAUCGCUUGGAAUAGGCUAUCAAGGUAAAAUGCCUUGGAGACUUCGUAAAGAAAUCAAAUAUUUUAAAGAUGUUACCUGUAAAACCACCAAUCCAAAUCUUCGUAAUGCAGUGGUUAUGGGUAGAAAGACAUGGGAGUCUAUACCGAAUAAAUUUAGACCAUUGCCUAAUAGAUUGAAUGUCAUAUUGUCAAGAUCUUUUAAUAAUGAGAUUAUUAAUGAAAAUUUAAUUCAUGCUAAUAGUUUUGAAAAUUCAUUAAAAUUGAUUAAAGAUGUUGAAAGGAUAUUUAUAAUGGGAGGUGGUGAAUUAUAUAAUGAAUUAAUUGGUAAUGAAUUGAUUGAUAAUUUAUUAAUCACGGAAAUUAAUCAUCUUAAUUCCAAUGAACAAAUACCAAUGGAUACAUUUUUAAAGUUUAAUUUAUAUGGCAAUGAUUCUACUUGGUUAAAACAAUCAAAAGAUAAAUUACAAGAAUUUAUUGGAAUUGAUAUUGAACUUCCAGAUGAUGAUAUUGUAGAAGGUGACUUUAGUUAUAAUUAUACAUUAUGGAGAAGAAGAAGAAGAGAUUAA